GCACUCCAUUAAUUCAACAUCACGAAAUUCAGACCGGAAAUCCUCCAUAUUUACUCAAAACUGACCAAAGCCAAAGACCAUGGCGUCCACAUCGACAACAGAUUUAGAUUCCCAAGUGAAUGUGGAAGAUUUGCCAUUAACAUUUAAGGUAAAAUACAUCGGCUCCGAAGUGGCGCGUGGUCUGUGGGGCAUCAAAUAUACGCGCCGUCCGGUGGAUAUUAUGGUUGGCGUAGCCAAAAGUCUACCACCCAACAAAGUCUUACCACAAUGUGAUCUCAAAGUAUCGACCGAAGGCGUUAGCCUGCAAAUCAUAACACCAAAAUCAAAUUGGAAUAAUUGGAAAUAUCCAAUCGAUACGAUUUCGUAUGGUGUGCAAGAUUUAGUGUAUACACGCGUAUUCGCAAUGAUUGUGGUGAAGGAUGAACAAAAUCCACAUCCUUUCGAGGUACAUGCCUUCGUGUGUGAUAGUCGUGCGAUGGCGCGGAAGCUCACCUUUGCGCUAGCGGCAGCAUUUCAAGAUUAUUCGCGGCGUGUGAAGGAGAGUGGUGAAAAAUCUGGGACAGAUAAUAUUACAACACAACGACAGAAAUUCGCAAUCGAUUUGCGUACACCCGAGGAACUGCAAGAGGGAGCCAAUGAAGAGACGGAGGCCUAGGCUUGCCGCGGUUUGAAUGAGAUGGCAAGUGCGUGCAUUGGUAUUUAUAAGACAGCUAAAAGGUAUUUUUUACGCGAGUCACAAGGUGGAUAAAUAGUGUGGGCUGGAACUAAAAUAUUUUUGCUCUUUUUAAAGCAACUAUUAAAUUGCAUUUUUGUAUAUAUGUAUGUAUCUAUAUGUACACAAGUCAACGGUUAAUUCCGUUCGAGUUUGAAAUUUCAGUAGGAAAUAAGCUUAAAUAUUCUAUCAAAUAGCGACUAUUUCCAUAUUCUUAAGUUUAAACAAAAUAUUUCCAAUAUUUUUAAUAAUUUAUUAAAAAAGGUAUGUAUAUUUUCACUUUUUUGUACAGUGGAGCAAAAUAAUGUUUUCUUUAACUAAUUUUUGUGUUUUUCAUAUAUAUUUUUGCUACUUUGUAUUUCAAUUUUACUUUAUGGCUGCUAGAAACAAGAUAGAAACAAACGGAUAUGAAAGCCUAAAAGGCUGCUUUUUUUCAAGAAUUCGAAAAUAGAAAGUACAACCAAACCAAGCGCCUACAAGUCACUUGAUUUUCUUCUAUCAGAUGAAGGGUAGCAUACUUUAUGAAUUUGUUUCCGCUUUCAUAAAAAUAUUUUGA